GGAUCCGCCAUUUCAUUUUUUGAAGUUACUUGUGGCAAGUUGCAAGGUAUUAUUCAAAAUUAUACUGUUUUACAACUGGGUUGGGUAAGUUAUAAUCGACAUAUCAUUUCAAUCAGGCGAUCAGACACGUUUUGUACGAGGACCGGCUUGUGGAUUUUAAAUUGAUGGGCAUAAGCAAGUUGCGAAUGUCGCCUAUUUUCCAAACGUGUUCUCCGCGCUAAAGUUUUUGUAUGAGUUGAAUGCUGUUUGAGGAUAAGGGGAGGCAAAGGGAAGGCCCGUGAAGCCUCGACUUUGGAGUGGGAGUCAUGGCCGGAAAUUUUGACGCAGAGGACCGUGCAAGUUGGUACUGGGGUAGAUUAAGUAGACAGGAGGCAGUUUCACUUUUACAAGGACAGAGACACGGAGUGUUUUUGGUGAGAGACUCAAUUACAAGUCCAGGCGACUACGUGCUGUCAGUUUCAGAGAAUUCCAAAGUCUCGCAUUACAUAAUCAACAGCAUCAGCAACAACCGGCAGUCUGGCGCAGGCCAGGCGCCUCCACAGUUCCGCAUAGGGGACCAGGAGUUUGACGCCCUCCACUCGCUGCUGGAGUUCUACAAGAUCCACUACCUGGACACCACCACCCUGAUAGAGCCCAUCAACAAGGCCAAACACUCUCUCUUGGUCAGCGCAGGUGCUGGCGGCCCGCCGCAGCGGCUGGAAGACGAGUUUGUCCGUGCCGUCUUUGAUUUCCCAGGCAACGACGAUGAGGACCUUCCUUUCAGAAAGGGCGACAUCCUGCGGGUCCUGGAGAAGCCAGAGGAGCAGUGGUGGAAUGCUCAGAAUUUAGAGGGGCGUGCCGGGAUGAUCCCUGUGCCCUACGUGGAGAAGUACCGACCGGCCUCUCCCACCUCGGGGGGCCCUGGAGCAGGGGGUCCCGGUGGGGUGGGCUCUGUAGAUGGCUCCAGUGUUCAGGGCCCUCCUCUGCUAGACCCGAGCCAGUACGCCCAGCCCACACCUCUGCCCAACCUGCAGAACGGACCCGUCUUAGCCAGGGCCAUCCAGAAGAGGGUGCCCAAUGCCUACGACAAGACCGCCCUUGCCUUAGAGGUGGGCGACAUGGUGAAGGUGACAAAGAUCAACGUGAACGGCCAGUGGGAGGGCGAGUGCAAGGGCAAGCGCGGCCACUUCCCCUUCACCCACGUUAAGCUGCUGGACCAUAAUAACCCAGAGGACGAGGUGAGCUGAGAGUGGACACUGGGCUCCUUGGGCUCCUCCCAUCCCUUACCCUGCCCUUAAAUACACACACUCACUCCCUCUCCUGCCACCAUCGCCCCUGUGCCAAUCAGCAACCUCCUCAUGGCCACUUCCUGUUCCUCAGUUGGUCCCGUUAAGAUAAUCAUUACGCUGUGUCAUCUUCACUCACAACACCAGUAUUUAUACCACUUCAGCACCAUGGCCAGCUCUAUCAAAACACCCACAUAUACCCCUUCUAAAGAAAGACUCAGGCCUUAUCUGAUGGGGAUGAGGACAGUGACUAUGUGUUACCAAGAGGAAGAGGGGGAGUGUGUGGACAGCUAUUCAGGGAGAGGGAAAGCAAGGUAGAAAUGCUCUCUUGGACUGGAAUCGUACACAGAGACCCACGGAGAAACACUUUCUCUGACUGUCAAGGAGAGCCGUUAGGUUAGCACUACAUUGUACCCAAAACUAUCAUCCUCUCUACAAAUCCACGACCAAGUAACUAGUAGUCUUUUGUAAGAAAGAAAAAAAGAACAUAUCAUUAUGAAAUUGUUGAUGACCAUGACAUGCUAAAAUCAUGUUUUUUUUUCUGCGUUGUUUUUUUGAAAAGUAACAUUGCCAGUCCACCACUUUUGCAGAGAUCUGAUCAAAUGUGUCAGCUAUGUUGUCUGCGCUAAAUCUCUUGUUAUUUGUUUGUCUGUCCAACAUUGCUUGUCUGCUCCACUCCCACUCCGAAUCACUGAAACAACAUGUUUUUUUUUAUACAUAUAUUUUUUACACGGUUAACUUUUCACCUUGUUCUUGACAGUGGAGAUGCCUAUUUGUGUAUGAUCAGCCAGGGUCGCGCAUAUGUUCUGCCAUACCAUAUAAUACCAUAGCCAAAGAUAGACUGUUAAAACAACAUUUUCAUAUGCGUUAAUGCUCAAUAUUAGUAUGACUUUGCUUUCUCCGUUGCAAGAUUCAAAACUGAUUACGGUAGCAUCUACUUGUCCUCCUGUACACGUUGGUUACGAGGUCAAGGCAGGUCAUUGACACGGACUGUUCUCACUUUUCUGUUCUAGAUUCCAGUCAUCCACUAUAUUUUGAGAAUUGAUGUCUGUCCGUAUUAAUUAGUGUAAUAGAGCAAGCAAAAAAAACCACUUAAUUUGCGUGUAUCCACAAACCACCAUACUAUUGUUAAGAUUGUCAACUUUUGAGUAGGUGUUCUCUGUUGAUAAGAGAUCACAGUUAAUUCCACCUGUUGACACAUGACAAUCUUUCCGUCUCUAUGUAGAAAUAGGACAACGUUUGCACCCUGGCACAGCAUCACAAAUGUUAGAUGUAAAGGAGUUUACUGUGCACAGCAGAUGAGUAUCUCUGGUCCACUAUGAAUUAAACCUAUAUCUGACCGUUCUUACACUUUGCACCCCACUGAAUGUGCCCCUGACAUUCACUUGGAUAACUUCACCUCACAGAGUGCUUUCCCACAGAUUUAGGAGGUGGUGAAUUGAGAAGGGGAUGACCUUGUCCUCUGUAGAACUGGCCACUAGGGUGCACUGCAACAGCAUUAGGCAUAGAGGUUCUGGGAUAACCUAAGUGCUAGACUGCCUCUGAGCCUUAGCCCGUGUUGAUCAAUACAGUAGUCUGUGUUGAGGUUGCUAUAGGUGAAUUGUGUUUUUUUUUUUCAGAAUGCACUUCAAGCUAUUUUAUUUUUUUUUUUUUUUUACAAUUACUUAUCAAGUCUGACCCCUCCCUUUUAUUGCCUUUAUUGUGCCAAUUCUGCUGUGUUCAUUGUCUGUGGCUCUUCAAAAUAUAUAAUGAAGGUAAUUUAGCCCCCCAAAAAGCAGCUGUGAAAAAUCUAAAAGCAUUAUCAGGGUGUGAAGUGUACAGAAAUUAUUAUGGUAAUAUGAGUUAAACUCCAAUGAUGUAGUACCUCGUCAAAAAUACACUGGGUGCUGGCCUUAGAUGUAGGUUCUGGGUAGUUGAUGUUGCAUAGUCCAGAUGAAUAGAAUAUAUAACCUUUUAACGAUUGGAUUGUCCGCAAACAAAAGGGGUUUUCCCAUUGCCCACAAACUUGUACCAUUUCUCUGUGUAAUUGUUGUUUUGCCAAUUAAUGUCACAAUCUGUUUAUGGGCAGGGUUGGGUAGGUUACUUUCUAGAUGUUACUAGUUACCUGUCAAAUUGUAGUCAGUAAUAUCUUUUGGAUGACUCAAACUCAGUAACAUGAUCUGAUUACUUUCAGUUACUUUUUGAGUACUUUCCCAUUUAUAAGCAUUUAGAAGCAGAUAAAAAGGAACCAUCGAAUGCAUUUGGUGUGUCGUCAUAAUGGUCUCUGACUUGUGGUCAAACUCACUCAGGUGGAACAACCGUAAACUUGCGCCUUUUUUCAAUGCUGAUUUUAAUGUCAUUGAGAAAACAGAAAGCUGUCUUUUUUUGUUUUUUUUUUCCUCCAAAACCCUUUCUGAAUUUCAAAGUAAUCCCAGAAGCAAUCUAGUUUUUCAAGACUAUUUGUAAGAUGGUUACAAUAUUUGUGCUGGUAAUGUAAGUGAUUACAGUUUUAGUUCCUUUUGUAAUCAGCUACUCCAGUAUUAACAUCUGUUCAAUCAUGUCUGCGUUUUCCAUUCAUUUUCUCAGUGCAUGCCUGUUGCUUAUGUAAUCUGCUCUUAUUUUAAUGCCUAUAAAUAUUCUAAAGUAUUGUAUUUUUGUAACCCUGUGUAAGUCAUUACCUUUCAUAAUGGGGCUUGGUUGGCAACCGCGAAUGGAAAUUGUGAUAUCAAAAUGUGCCAUUGUAUUAUAACACUAUAUAUUCUUUUAAGACAAUUGAAAUGACCUUUUUUUAUUUUCUGUAGCAUGUAAUGUGUUAAGAUAUACAUAGUAAAUAAAGUCAAAGGUUUGGCAAAUGAAAAUACUGUACCCUAGCAAUCUUGUUGAUUGUCAUAAAUUGAUGAGAUCAAAUUGCACUGCCUUUUUUCAUAAUUUGGCUCACUUGUCAUGCAUAACAGACUUACAAAAAGCCAGUUGCCCUACUCGUGUGUUUAUUUGUAUUUAAAUAUC